UCACGAACAGAGCGACGCGCUGUUUAACCGGAAGUGUCAUCCAGUCGCUGGUUAGCUUGCGGAGCUACAAGAAAUCUUUGCUGUUUGCUGUUUACUAUGUUAAACGACAGUGAGCUGGCGACUUUGCGGAAUAGAUUUAAGAAAGAUGCGGAGUUUCUAAUGCAAGGAGCGAGUUCGAGCGAGGAAGAUGGAAAGAGUCAAGAGGAAAAAGAUUCCAGACCACUCCCUCGCUUUAACAGACACUCAAUUUUCUGGAUCCUGGCAUCAAUAGGCGUGACCUACUACGUGGAUUUUAUUCCUAACGUAAUGGAAAAUGAGGAUAUCGUAAGUUGGUGGUUUAAUGUGGGCCUUGUGCUCCUCGGAAUCUGCCUGUCUCUGGCCACAUAUUGCAUUGUGUACCUGGAGGCGUUCAAAGGCAUCCAGCACUAUGACCAAGAAUAUCCCGCUAUUCCUCCCAUCACCACUGCAGCCUUUAUUGCAGCAUCAUUCAGCUUCAACUUUGCACUGUGGCCGGUCUGGUCCUUCUUCACUCCGGUCAUCCUCUUCACACAGUUCAUGGGAGUGGUCAUGUUCAUCUCUAUACUUGGAUGAAUGUCACAGCUGCAGAAUGGCGCCUCUCCACUACAUGCAGACCUUUUGUUUAUUUUUUUUUUUUGCAUUCACUAGACAUCAAACAACAGAAUAACUUAAAGUAAUUCUUAUUCAGAAUUAAACAUUAUCAUCUUCACCUGCCUUUCAUAAUAUUCAUCUUUACCAGCACCGGUGGUGGGGCGGUCUGGCUUAUGAAGACGACUGUGGCCCGGGUGUCCUCAGGGUUUCACCUUCUCAUUGUAUAGUUUUUAUAAAGAAAGAAACGUGACUUGUAAUAGAAAACCCAAAUGUUACUAAAUAACACAGCAAUGGCUCCAUUCUAUUUACAGGUCCUGGUGUGACAUGGCAGUGAGCUGCAGGCACGACGAAACUCAAUGUGUAAUUUUUUUUUACCUUUUAAGUUUUUAGAAAUGUGUAUAAACAGUGAGGAAAAACUGUAAAAGAUAAGAAAAAUUAAUUAAGUAAAACCUGCAUAAAUUAAAUUAUGUAUUUUUUUGCAUUUGUUUUCAUACGUUUUUGGUUAACUUUUGGUUAAAUUUGGUAACCUGUUUGACUUUAAUAAACUUCAAAAGCUGA